AUGGGUCCGACCACCUACACGACCUUGGAAAUCAAUACCUCCGAUGGAGUCGAUACCGUCUACCCCGAGAGGACAGAAAAGCUCGUCGAGCCAGAUGGAUCCUACGAGUAUUUCCGGCUGGUUGCCGAUGAUGAACCAAAGGCCAUGCUGUACUUGACCAAGGGUGCCAAUGCUUUGAUGGAAGAAUACGGAAUGAUCGAGAAAGGUGUGCAGUACAUCUUCAAGACUCUGCCAGACAACUAUCGUCUCUAUGAGCAUGUCAAGUGCCACGGCGGAGCCACCCCUCGACGUGAUACUUAUCUGUUUGGCCAUCCCGCGAGUAAAAGAUUCCGCUCAGUCAAUGAGUUCAUUCCCCAUCUCCUAUACCUCGCUGGCAAAGAUAAGACGUGCAGAUGUGUGUACUGCUCCAGUACUGCCUCCAAAACCGGCAGUACUACUAUCAGGAGAAGAACAAAACGAGAGGUUGAGGUUUCGGAAGCGCGGAGAACUGUAGCCGUCGAAGAAAGGCAGAAAGAGCAGGAGACAGCCGGGUGGGUAAUGAGGAAAGGUGAAAUCGUCUGGGUUUGGGUAUCCGACAAUCCCGAAGCCGAACAAGAUGAAAAUGAUCCCUUGAUUGAUCAUGAUGGCGGAAUCUGGAUGGCUGGAAUUGUUGCGGAACGUCCAAACUAUUCCCCUCCGCUGGAAAAAAGCAAGACAGUCGGGGGCCGGGGUCUUUUCUCUGAUAUCGAGCUGGAUGAUACUUCGCCUUGGCAGGAGGUUGGUGAUGGGUGUUAUACUAUUCAGCUCUGCUCCGAUACAGAACCUGGUCAGAUCUUGGAAAACAUCAAACAAUGCCAUGUCCGACCAUGGCUAGCACGUCUAGAGUGUUGCGAGGUACGCAACCGCGCCGAACACCCUACAAUUCCCAUCGCCCGUAAAAUGGCGGAAACGAUUUGCUUGUUCGACCGCCAGUCGGAAGAUGUGGCCUUUCAAGGCGCAUUCAUUGGCGCCGAAAAGAUUUUUCUUAAUGAGCCGGUCCGAAUAACAAACGACGCUGAUCAUUUCGAGGACGUCUUGGUCAUCGAAAAAGUAUUCAAAGAUGAUAAAUUUUUUAUGUUGAAAGGCAUCCAAUACACUGCCUAUCCGUCAAAGGAGUGUACUGCGAUCACUUUCGAGGAGUUUGCAAAUCUUCCAUUUCGUAUGAGACGCGGCAGUGGGUCCGGGGAGGUUAUAAAGUGGUUUAGACGUAAUGCCCUCGGUGAACGCGUCGAAUGUUCUGUCGGGAGCGUCCUGGGACGCUGGUACGAGCCACAAGCAGUCCAUGCUUGGACUGGAUCAACUGGAAUCGAAAGGAGGGCCUUGGCUUGCAUUCCCUCAACGGUGUUGACCUUGAGACUGAUGUCGAAAGAUCAGGUGACCCCGGAAAGAACCUUCAAAAGCGUCAACUUGAGGAUCCCACCUGCCACACCGGGAGUUAGUCCUACGAAGGAGAUGGAGGCGAAGAAAGAGGAGGUUAAAGAGGGGCAGGAGGUUGAAAUGGUGGAGGCCCAGGGUGAGGAUGACGAAGAGUACGAAGAGGAGGAGGAAAGUGACGAAUUAGCCAGCCAGGACGAUAAGUAUCGUCGUCCAGGACCCGAAGUCCUCUCGCAAAGCCCAACCAAGCGUCGGCGCCGUUAA